AUGGUAUCAACUCCAGAAUUAAAGAAAUACAUGGAUAAGAAAAUUAUUAUUCAAUUAAAUGGAACUAAAAAAAUAGCAGGUGUCCUUCGAGGUUAUGAUAUAUUCCUUAAUAUAGUGGUAGAUGAUGCUAUUGAAAUAGUAUCACCAAAGGAUAGCAUUCCCCUUGGUGUACAAACAGUAAUUAGGGGGAAUUCCAUACGAUCAAUAGAAGCCUUAGAUACGGUAGUAUAG